GGCUGAACCUGGACCUGGGCCAGACCGAUGCAACCAGGGUGUAGCCCUCCCAGUUCAGCUUGAAGAGGCGCGGUAGAGAGACGGAGCUCACAUCCUCCUGCUCUCAGGAGACGCAGCCGGGACAGCCAAGGUCUAACCGGAGCUGGUCUUAUCUCUGCGUUGAAGCCUGAACCUGGACCUGGGCCAGACCGAUACAACCAGGGUGUAGCCCUCCCAGUUCAGCUUGAAGAGGCGCGGUAGAGAGACGGAGCUCAUAUCCUCCUGCUCUCAGGAGACGCAGCCGGGACAGCCAAGGUGUAACCGGAGCUGGUCUUAUCUCUGCGUUGAAGGCUGAACCUGGACCUGGGCCAGACCGAUACAACCAGGGUGUAGCCCUCCCAGUUCAGCUUGAAGAGGCGCGGUAGAGAGAGGGAGCUCACAUCCUCCUGCUCUCAGGAGACGCAGCCGGGACAGCCAAGGUCUAACCGGAGCUGGUCUUAUCUCUGCGUUGAAGCCUGAACCUGGACCUGGGCCAGACCGAUACAACCAGGUCUAUCCGGAUCUGGUCUUAUCUCGGUGUUGAUGGCUGAACCUGGACCUGGGCCAGACCGAGGCAACCAGCCAUCUCGGUUGGCAUCCAUGACCAACUGGGUAAGGAGUUGGACAACUAACUGGUGGGUGGUCGGUUCAAAUCCCGACUCGAAUCCCGACCGGGACACAGAAAAUGUGAAUAGGAUGGCCGUGGACAGUGGUAAGACUGUAGUGCUGGCAGCACUGGGCCGGCCCUUCAGUCUGGGGAUGCUCUACGACUGUCGCAACGACUCACUGAUCCCCGCUCUGAAACUUUGGGACCGGGAAGCCUUAGAGAAAGAAGCAGAUGAAAGACCCCAACCCAACAGUGAAUUUGACAUACUUGCAUCCGACUUUUUCGAAGACAAAUCUUCUGCAUUGAAUGUUGAUGCUUCACUGCAAGCCAGUUUUCUGUGUGGACUGGUUGAUUUAGAAGGCUCUGCUAAAUUUCUCUCCGAUUCUAAACGUUCCAUAAAUCAGGCUAGAGUGGUACUAAAUUACAAAACCACCACCAAAUUAAAAGAGCUGGCAAUGAAUCACAUUGGCAGAGGUAAUGUGAAACAUCCAUAUGUGUUUGAGUCGGGACAAGCAACACACGUAGUGACAGGAAUCCUUUAUGGGGCACAAGCCUUCUUUGUGUUUGACCGUGAGGUGUCACAAAAGGAAAAUCGGCAAGACAUCGAGGGCAAUCUAAAGGUGCUGAUCAAGAAGAUACCCACCUUGAAGAUAGAAGGUCAAGGUUCUCUGAACAUGUCAGACAAGGACAUUGAAAAUGUUGACAAGUUCUACUGCAAGUUCCAUGGGGACUUUAACCUUGAGAAAUCCCCUGUGUCAUUUCAGGAGGCAAUAGAAGUCUAUCAAAGCCUACCUAAGUGGUUGGGAACCAACGGAGAGAACGCAGUGCCUCAGAAGGUCUGGUUAUUGCCACUGAAGGAAUUAGAUUCUGCUGCUGCUCAACUGGUUCGACAGAUUAGUGAUGGUUUAAUCAGGGAAGCUCAGCAUAUCCUGGAGGACCUCAGCGAGCUGGAAAGGAGAUGCAACGAUGCAGAAAGAUGCAAGACAGCCCAGCAAUUCACACAAGUUAAGAAAAAGGUGAAAGCUUUCAAAGAACUGGUUUUGCAGCAUAAACUAAAUGUCCAGAAUAUUAUGGCAAGGAAUCUCCCAUUGAUCAGAGGAGGAGGAGAGGAGGAAGGUGUUCUUGCAGAGAUCCUGAAAAAAGUACAUUCUUCUCCUUUCCAAAGUGAUAAACUGAAUGAGUGGAUGGAUUGCAAAGGGACAGAAAUUAUAAUAAUCAGCUCUCUGAUUGACAAAAUUUCCAAAAUGGUGAUCGUCACAAGUCGCACAACUCUGCAACAGGAGAUCCACAGUGCAGAUAGCACACAUGCUGUGUGCUUUGUCUUUACCUCCCUGGAAGGCCCAGGGCCCUACGGUUGA